AUGCGUAGACCAUGGCCAAUUAACAAAACUCACUUGACGACAGUGACACGAAGUGACGAGGAUUUAUAUUGUGAUGAAGAUAAUCGCAUAGAUGAUCCUAAUUUACAAGAAGAAUCUGAAGAUAGUGAUGUUGAUGAUCAUGAAAAUGUCAUUACUGUAAAAGUGAUCCAACUAUCUUUGAAAAGUUUUAGUUUUAAAGCUUUAAAUCACUGUAUAAAAACAGUACAAGAACUACCUAUUCUGUUUAGUAUGGCGAAAAAAUUUGAUACUUACGAAAAACAACAACAAUAUUUGCAGAGAUUGCAUGAGGAUGAAUACUUUGAUAUGACUGAUGAGGAUGUAGAUGAUCCUUUCGAAGGUGACGAUUCUGAAGACGAUUAUAUACCAUCUAUGUCCAGCUCAGAUAGUGAACAAAAAGAAAUGGCUACCCAAAAAUUUAAACGAAAUAGUGCAGAACCAUCUACUGUAGAUCAAGUGAUAAGUAGUGUAGUGUUGUGGGCUAGUCGUGGAUCAUUUAGUGAUAGUCGUAAAACUGUGGAACAAUCUUCAAGCCGUAUCACGAAGACAACAGAUCAUCAAUCUAGUAAAUCAUCUGAAAACACAGAUCACGAUGGCAUUGAACUUUUUGUUACUUCUACCGAAUUUCAAAUUACAUGGACUGCUGUAACGGGAAAAAAUCUAAAGAAAUCCAAGAUAGCAUGUAAAAUUCUAUCUACAUCGUCAGACCAGGAUAUAAUUAAGUAA